ACUUUAUAUGAUCUCCUUAACUAAUAAAAAUUCAAAUUUGCUUGUUCUAAUUUUUAAAUGGGACUGCCAUUGUAAUUAAAGUGACUCUAGAUUUAAAUUUAAACUCACAACUGUACUCUUUUAACAUGAAUCCACACAGUUAUGAGGAAGAUAUUGUCGUUUUUCUAGUUAAAAAGUGUUUUAUUCGAACCAUUUCCUCCUAUGUUUCUCAAGAAAGAAACCCGAAACUCGCUAGAGAAACCGCGAUAAAAAUAAUCAUACAAAAAUGUAAAAGGUUCCGUUUUGUAACGAACGCUCUCAUCUGCAAAUGUAGGGUCACCUGUAAUUACGUCUAGAGUCCCAUUAUGUCUUAUUAUUGUUAUUUUAUUGUAUUGUAUUUCAGAUUUGUUUAAUGAUGAGCCGGGAUGGGUGUAUAUGAUCAAAUUAUUGCAUUCAUCACAAUUAUAUUCUCCUUCGCGGUUGUUAUUCUUCUGAUCGCCUUCAGUUGGUGGUUUAUAUACAAGGUUUUCUUGUCUCGGUUUGAAUUUAUCAACGAAAUAUUCUUCCCUGAAGCAGAGAAGGAAGGAGGGGAGAAGAGAAGAACUGGGGCAAGGAAGAAAAUAAGAAAAGAAUAAGAUGAGUGAGCCUGGUAAGCCAGGUGUUCCUGUGGAGCCUAUCGCUCAAGGGAACUAUGAUAGAGCUUGGAACGAUCCACCACUCUUUAGUUAUAACGAGAGUUCUAUCCAGCAGCAACAUCCUCCUGGAGCUAAACUGAAUAAACGAGUUGGAUUCCCUAGUGCAGCCCCGCCUACUCUGCCUGGGACCGGCCCGCCCCCUCGACUUCAUGAUGCAGGUGCCCGCCCACCAGCAGAUUCAAUGUUACCGCCUCCUCCUGCGUUAAGCGUUCCUCCGAGUACCCCUGGAGUGCCUCCGACAUGUUCGCCUCCGACACCCCAUUUAACCAAUGAGCAAUUAAACUCUGAAUUACCGUUGGAGCGCGACGAGGUUUGUGAUAUACUAAGAAGCUUGGCUAAUGAAUACUGUGGGGCUAAAUCUGGUGAUAUUCUUAAGAGAUUGGAUUUAUUGCAGAAGUCCUGGUCUACUGAUAACUUUAACCCAAGAGUUGGUUUGAUUCUGAGUAAUUUUGUCCAAUCUCUGCAAAGUCGCCAUUUUGAGGAUGCGGAUAAGAGUCUGACAACAUUAGGAGCUGAUCAUUCAGGACGUUGUUCCACAACCGGCUGCUACCUUGUUUUUUACGCCUGCUCAACCUAUGUAAAUGUAAAGUACAUUACAGUACAUUUCAGUACAGUACAGUUCAUGUUCUCAUGUUCUUCUCAAAUUUGCCAUUUCUUAUCGUAAUGCAUUGUACAAUGUACUACAUACCAAGCGUUCUGAAGAUUACUUAUGUACUGUCAAACUUUUUGUAUGUACACGACACGAAUACUGUAAUAUAGAAAAAGAUUACUUUAAUUCGGUUCAUGGCAAUAUAGUUUCUUGAACAAUUUAAAGCACAGUAACUUUUACAAUAUGUAAUACGAUUUUAAUUCAUCUUAAAUUAUUCAUUUCAAGAUUUUCCUUUUUACGUUAAAAUCUAAUUUUUUUCU